AUGGCUAUUGAUAACAUGACAGAAGAACGUUCUUCUCAUACCACAACACUACUGAACUCAGGAAAAGUUCUUGCAACUGCUGGCUACGGCUAUACAGGUUUUCUUGAUAGUUCGGAAAUCUUUGAUCCAUCAACACGCCAAUGGACUCCUGCAGGAAAACUCUCAUCUCCACGCUCGUCUCAUACGGCAACCAUGCUCCAAUCGGGCAAAGUUCUCAUCACUGGUGGAGAAAGACAAGGCAGUUAA